AUGCCCGUCGCCGAUUUAGAAAAACAGGGCAGCAAUGGGAACAUCGCCAGCACCGACUCCAGCGAGAAUGUCGUCCCCAAAGAGACAUCGCCCCGUCCGAUUCAUGGGUGGAAGUGGGCCAUCGCGUAUGCCUCAAUGAUCUCGACUACCUUUCUAUUUGCGUUGGACAAUACAAUCGUCGCCGAUAUUCAACCCGUCAUUCUCGACCUGUUUGGUGAGGUCUCGCUUCUUCCAUGGAUUGGAGUCGGGUUCGCGCUCGGCACUAUGUGUGUUCUGCCAUGGGGCAAGGUAUACGGGGUCUUCAACGCGAAAUACGUCUAUCUUUUUAACAUUGCACUUUUUGAGACUGGAAGUGCUCUAUGUGGUGCGGCUCCGAACAUGACUGCCCUUGUGCUGGGUCGUGUCAUCGCCGGCGUGGGUGGAUCAGGCAUGUACUCGGGGACGCUGAGUUUUGUGGCCGUGUUGACCUCGCUGAAAGAGCGCCCGAUCUAUAUGGCUGGAAGCACUGUAAUCUGGGGAAUUGGAAGUGUACUUGGCCCAGUGGUUGGCGGCGCGUUUGCAGAUAGUUCUGCGACUUGGCGAUGGGCCUUCUACAUAAACCUUCCGAUCGGAGCCGCAUUUGCCCCAGCCUACCUUUUCCUUAUUCCCAGCGUGGAUCCAAAACCGGAUAAAACCCUGGCAGAGAAGUGCGGCAUGGUGGACUGGAUCAUGACGACUACGUUCCUUGCUGGAUCGGCCUGUUUGGUCAUGGCGAUCACGUUUGGCGGAACACUGUAUCCGUGGAAUUCUGGAAACGAGAUUGCGCUCUGGGUAGUUGCCGGGGCCCUUCUCAUUGUCUGCAUUUUCGUGGCCAAAUAUCACCCAGGCGUGCAUAAGGACGACCGCCUCUAUCCAGCACACUUCCUUCGGCGGCCCAUAAUGAUUAACCUUCAGGUGCAAAUGUUCCUGGUGUCUGGUAUUGUGCUGGCAAUGACGUAUUACAUUCCCCUGUUCUUCCAAUUUGUCCGGGGUGAUGGCCCCUUGGAUGCAGGUGUACGGCUUCUCCCGUUUAUUAUCUCCAUGGUAGUCUUCGCCAUGGUCAACGGAGCAUUGAUGCCUAAAUUACCCUUUAUCCUACCAUGGAACCUUUUCGGCAGUACACUUGUAGUUAUUGGAACAGCAUUAAUGUACACGGCAGACAUCAACACAUCCAACGCAAAAAUCUAUGGAUACAGUAUCCUAGUCGGUGCUGGAUCAGGGUGCUAUGUGGUCGCCGGAUUCCCUGUCCUACAGUCUCUCGUUACGCUAAAGGAUAUACCGAAUGCCGUUGGUGCAAUGGCUAUCUCUCAAGAUCUUGGCAUGGUAAUUUUCCUUGCGAUGGCAGGUUCAAUCUAUCAAAACCUCGCCUUGCAAAAGGUAGCCAGAGCAGUACCGACACUAAGUGUGGCUGAUAUUACCAACUUAGUCGCAGGUACCAGUAGCCGGGCCUAUAAAGCACUAUCAGAAUCUGAGCGAGCCCUGGUGACACCACAAAUUACAGAGGCUAUGAGCAAUGUGUGGCUGUUCUUCUUAGUGGCUGGGAUAUUGAGCUUCGUCCUGGCGCCACAUUUAUGGAAAACCCGGCUAAACGGCGCGAAUGCAGCCGCUGGAGGGGCAUAG